AUGCCCCGACGGGGAAGACCACCAGGGUCGGGACUACGGAGGAAGGUCGUGGAUUGGAGGAAGCAGCGAGAUUUGGACGAUCUGAGGAAAUAUGACGAUACGGAAAGUGACGAGGGUGAAUUGCGAGCGAGAGAUAUGCGCAUGGUUGGUGGGCGAUUCGUGAGUGACGAGCUACGGUUUACCGGGUAUGAUUUGGGACAGCGAGGGGAUGAUUCCGAGUCCGCAGAGGAGGUAUUUGGACAUGACGUUUCGGAAGAUGACACUUUGCACACAUUGUCACCUACGGAACGAGAAGACUUUUUGAUUGACACGGCAAUGGAACGAAUACGGCGCGCACAACAAUCUGGGCAAAGCAAUGUCAGCCUUAGUAAAGCUGAAAUGGAAGCCCUCGAGGGUCUCCGAAGCCAGCGAAAUCGGUCGGGCGGAAAGCAAAGCAGCUUGGGCAGAGUAUCAGGCAGCGACCAAGGCCGGCGAGCUCGCGAACUCUCCAAUGCAUCCCUGAGUUCAAAAGCAUCGAGUGGUCCACGGAGCAGAAGAUCAUCAAUGCUUGGAGAAGAUAGUCCACCAUAUUCUACCGGUGGCGGUCUAGCUCCACCAGGCUUCGUGGUUCGCGAACCCAACGGCGGCACCACGUACGCACCUUUGGGCUACUAUGGCCAACCGGCUAUCCGCUCUCCAUCAGCAAACUCAUCGGCCGCCCUCUCAGACAGCUCGCCUCGGCUUCAUUCGAGUCGAUAUUACUCCCCACCUGAGAAUAACAUUUCAAGCACUCUUCAUCCACUGUCACCAGCGCUUUCAGCGCGAGGCGGUCCCGUCGAUGAGCUUGACUGGUCGCCACGGUCUCGCUCUCAUUCUGCCGCUCAGAUUUGGAACCUUGACCCUUCUUCGCCUCACUCAACCCAACCACAGCCGUACUCGCCAACAUAUUCAUCGUCUUCGCCUUACUCCGAGCCACGACAUAACUGGUCCAGCCCAUCGGAGCUGCAGUACUCUGCAAUCCGGCGAGUUCCGCCACCUGCCACUGCGGCCACCAUAGCCCGCUAUCCGCGUGCUCCGGCCCGCGUCCCGCCUGUGAGCUCUACCUCUGAUCCUUCAGUCGCAACUCGCAGGAGACCAGUGGCUCCUGACUCGUCGUGGAUCAAUGUUGAACCUUCUGCCAGCGGUCCUGGCAGCGGUGCUGCUGCAUACGAUUACGAUACGGGUGACGAUGAGGUUAGAGUCAUUGAGCGAACUCCCUCCGCCGGCGGGCUCUUGACAACUGCUUCUCCCUCUUCUUCGCCUGCCGAUGCUCCUGGGUCAUCUGCUCGCUCAGGGUCAGGGAAUGCGGCCUAUACUCGUCAACGGAGGCAAAAGCGAUAG